AUGCUGUGGAAACACUUCACCGCUGCAUUGUCUUUGGCCUCCUUGGCCAAGUUGCUGGAGAAGAGAGAAGUUGCUUGUGGCGCUUCCACUCCUGGUGAUGCUGUUCCUUCGAAGAUCAACAUCUGGGCAGACUUGAGCGAUGACGAAGCUCAGGUGGUCUACGACCUGUUGAAGGACACCUUCAACCUGACUGCCUCCGUCAAUGCCACGAUGUACGACAACUACGUCACCUGGAUUGAGACCUUGAGACCAAACAAGACAGAUGCAAUUGCCUAUUUGGAUAACGAUGGUCCAGUCCCAGAGCGUUGGGCCCGUGCUACGGUGUUCUUGGGCACUGAUGAGUAUACCAGCGAUGAAUUCCCAGAUGGAUACUGGCAAGAACUGCAAGUUGGUCCAUUGAACACCAACGGCUCGACGCCAGAGAUCUCAGAGCUGGAGUACAUCUACACCAAGUCAAAGGUUUCCUUCGCAAAGGGCUACAAGGAUGAUUUGAAGUGGGCCGCUGCGGAGGAGGUCUACGCAGCGGAGAUCUUAUCCGAUACCAUGUUGCCUGUUCUCGUGGACCUCGUUGGUGAAGAUAUCAAGACCUACGGCGAGGAAAACUCGACAGUUGAAUGCUGGGCCACUGAUCCAUUCCAGAUUGACGAUGAUGGUACUGUCACAGAUUGGGCCACCAUUUUCCUCAACUACCACGAUGCUGGUGAUGUUACGCCAACUGGUGUCUUCCUACAAAUUGUCAUGACGGGCAGAAACGUUGAGGACUACUACAUCUCCCAGUGGGUCUACAACAACAUCGUCUACAACUCUUCGGGCGAGUUUAGGGAGGCAUGGGAGUCGGACGAUUUCGUCAAGCUGCCAAAAAUCGACACUACAAACUUGAACACCACUGAGACCUUCGUCUACAUUGGUCAACAGGGCACCACGAGAGAGCUGGACGAGAAAUUGGCUCCAAUUGCCAUCGAGCCAGAAGGAAGAAGAUGGAAGUACAGUGAGAGCGAGAGAUACUUUACAUGGAUGGACUGGGAGUUCUACGUCGCAUGGAACAGAGAUAACGGUUUGGCUCUGUACGACGUCAAGUUCAAAGGCGAGCGUAUUGCCUUUGAGAUUGGACUCCAGGAGGCCAUUGCAGAGUACUCUGGUGAUGAUCCAUUCCAAGCUCAUACGACUUACUUUGACAGAUCCUACGGCUUUGGUAACGAGGCAUUUGGACUGGUUCCAGGGUUUGAUUGUCCUUAUAACGCUGAGUUCUUCAACGUUACAUGGCACUCUAACGGUGAUAAUAACUACCAUAACAACUCCUACUGUGCCUUUGAGUUCUCUGAGGACUAUCCGUUUGUUAGACACACUGCUUCCGAGUACAUCACUGUCUCCAAGAACCCAACUUUCAACCUGAGAUCCAUCACCACUAUCGGCAACUACGAUUACAACUUCCUGUACAAGUUCUUCCUCGAUGGUACUUUCGAGGUCUCUGUCAGGGCUGCUGGUUACAUCCAGGGUGCUUACUACAACCCAGAGACCGGUGAUCCAUUUGGCUACAAGAUCAACGAAGUGCUGUCAGGCUCUUUCCACGACCACGUUAUCAACUUCAAGGCAGAUUUCGACAUUGCUGGAACUGCAAACAGACUGGCCAAGGUUGAAUUGGAGGCUGUCAACCACACUUAUCCAUGGGCACCAGAUAAAGUGUUCUCCACCAAGCAAAAGAGAAGAAGUGUCAUUGCCAAUGAGACAUACCUGAACUGGGCCGAUGCCGGUGCAAUCUUGUUGAUUGAGUCUGCAGAGCAAAACAACACUUGGGGUAAUCCAAGGGCUUAUAGAGCUGUUUUCCCAGGUGGUGAUGCCAGAAGAAUUGCCCAAAACACCCACACCAUCAUCAACAACGCUCACUGGGCUGAAAAGGAUAUGGCCAUCACCGUUCAAAAGGACACGGAGUUCACGUCUUCUCACGUUUUCUGCUCCCAAGACUUGGAGGACCCAAUCAUCAACUUUGACAACUUUGUUGAUGGAGAGAGCAUUGACGGCGAAGACUUGGUCUAUUGGUUCAACUUGGCUUUGCAUCACUUGCCAAACACCCAGGAUAUCCCAAACACCAUCUACAGCACGGCACAAUCCAGCAUCAUCUUCACUCCAUUCAACUACUUUGACACUGAGCAAUCUAGAGACACUCUACAACAGAUGUACUAUACCUAUGAGGAUGCCACCUGGGAUUUCAACGGGGUCUCAGUGUCCCCAGAGUGUCUCUUUGGUAUUGAGCCAUUGAACUUUGACGCCGUUAACUACGAUGGGAUGCAAAUCAGCAAGGAUACCACCAACAUCCCAUCGACUUGAAAGUCCAUCUUCUUCAAUUCUUACACACGAUACCAGGUCCGUACACUUUUCUUUCUAUAGUACGGAUUCAAUACACUGUUUCUCCAUCUUUUAGCCUCUUAUCAUCAAUCCUCAGCUCGUGUGCGCUAUAGAGAAAUAUCCCAUAGAAUGGGAACCAUUUGUCCGUUCAUGAUGAUGCCUUCCGGUGCUCCUUAGAGACAGAACAGAGGUGGUGAUUGUAGAGGAGCAUGGACGUGCUCCUUGUGUGUGUGUGUGUCUAUUGAGAUGCGACAAGACACUUGAUGAUGAUGUUGUGCUCACUGUUGAUGUCACGGU